AUGUCUUCCAGAGACGGUAGCAAGGCUUCAAGCUCUCAGGUGCCUUUGUAUUUGUGGGGAGGUUCUAAGGUGUACAAGAAGAGGUUUGUGGCCAACCUGCACCGCGUUACAAAUGAAGAUCAAUUCCAGAGGUGGCGGGCUGCUUAUGCCUCUGCAAUUCCUGACGACGUGCAUGUCAAGCUGGCGAAGCCUUUGACUGACAACAUGCCUUGCAUGGAUGCGAAUGAUCCGAAUGCCAGAAUCAUCACCUUCCGUCCCUUUUACUUCUCCUUGGGCUUCAAAUUCCCACUGUCAAAUCUUUUCAAGGAGGUAUUCUGCGCCAUGGAGUGUGCUCCAAGUCAGUGUACUCCAAACGUCUACCGGGCGAUCAUGUGUUUUGAAAACCUGAGCCAUUUCUUCAUGUUGGAGCUGACAGUACGAGAGUUCUUCUAUUUUUUUGAAGUGAGGUGCUUCAAGGAGUAUGCCCAACUUAGCACCUGCAAUGUCAAGCUGUUUGACAGUCUUAGUCAAGGAGAUCACGUGUGGCAUGAUGAUGUGUUGGAAGUCAGCAGACGGUGGGAAGGCGAUGUUGGUGAUGGUCCCCUUGUUCCCCUCACCUAUUGCAAUUCGAACGACAUCAGCAAGAAAUUGGAGCUUGAGCCUAACAUGGCUAAGGUCCGCUGCGCUUUGAACAUCCCCCAAAAGUUUCGUGAGUGGCGUUGGCUGUUGAGUGAGUAUCGGGAGGAAGACGGUGGUCUGCCCCCUGCCGAGGAUGUCGAAAGAUGGAAGCAGAAUGGUCCAGAUCUUGAUGAUCUGAAGGCUGAAGUCAAGUUUCCGAGAACUCAAGCUACCUUUUCACGGGCGAGGAACGUGUCUCCAUUGAGGAAGAAGCCAAAGCUCCCUUGUGCAGAGAAGAUCCCAGUAGGAGUUGUUCCCUCCUUAUCUGCCAGGGUCAAGCAUCUUGUUGGCGCAGACAACAAGAAGAUUGGCGGUAUGCGCAACAUAAGGGAUGCUCCCCCUAAGCCUCUUGCUGACGAGCUUGGAGAUCAUGAUCUGCUCCGCGAAGUGGUCCGUGCGCGAUCUAGCUCACCUGUUGAAAGACAAAGAGAUGCGGAUGUUCCUCCCCGAAGUUCGGGUCGUUCGCACCAGUCGAAGAGUGGAGGUCGAUGUGGGAGGUCUGCUCAUCUAUCCAACCGUCAUGAUCCAACUAUUGAGUCACGAGCAGUCAAGCGUGGAGUUGAUUCGACGUCGCAAAUUCCUUUGGAAGUGAGGUUGGCGGAGGCUAGGAAAGCAAGAGAGUCAUCUGCCCGGACGAAAGGUUCUUCUGUAACGUCAGCGGCUGAUCCAAAGGUGGACAAAUCUAGCCCUGCAGGGGAUGCAGGCGUGUCUGAUCUGCUAAAGACGCAAUUUCUAUCAAGUCCAUCCUUUUGUGCUGAGCUGGUUGACCAAAUCCGUCAGGCUGGCGAUCUUGGUGCUUUCUCAAGUCUUUCCUUGGAAAAACAAAGGGAAGCGACACUUCAUCUGCUUCAAAAAGGAGUAGUUUUUGCUGCUGAGACCAUUCAGAACUCGUCUGCUCAGCUCAGCGAGUUGGAGAAGAAGAAUGCCGAGUUAGUUAGCAAACUUUCUGCCGAGCAGACCCGUUAUGAGAAGAAGACGUCUGAUUUGCGGGCGAUGAUAUCUGAGUUGAAGAGUUCCCUUGCUGAGAAGGAUUCCGAGCUUAACUCCUCUGCUGCUGACUUGGCAAGUUGA